AGAGAGAGAGAGAGAGAGGAGAGAGAGAGAGAAAGAGAGAGGGGGAGGAAGGAGAGAGAGAGGAAGGAGAGAGAGAGGAGAGAGCAAGAGAGAAAGAGAGAGUGAGAGAAAGAGAGAGAGAUAGAGAGAGAGGAGAGAGAGGAGAGAGAG